AGCGGGAGGUGGGCGGAAGUCUCGCGCGAGCUGAGGCGCGGGGCGGUGGGGCGGCCCUGGGGCCGCCGCGCUCCUACCCUGGUUCCGCCGCCUCAGCUCGGCGCGGCUCGGCCCGCACCGCCCCAGCCCGCACCGCCAUGGAGGCGAAUCCGCAGAAGCGGAAGGAGACGCGCAAGUCGCUGCGGGUUAAAGUCAUCUCCAUGGGCAACGCGGAGGUGGGCAAGGCCCCUCUAGGUACUGGAAGGUGCUUUAAGGUCUCCCCAGAACCUUCUCUUCUCCAGGCUGAACAAACCAGAAUGUGGAUAAAUCAGUUUCUUGGCACUCCGAUCUCCAAACAGAGCUGCAUUAUAAAGCGUUACUGUGAGAAGAGGUUUGUUCCAAAAUACCUGGCGACUAUUGGUAUCGACUACGGUGUCACAAAAGUGCAGGUCAGAGACCGAGAGAUUAAGGUGAACAUCUUUGACAUGGCAGGACACCCGUUCUUCUACGAGGUGAGGAACGAGUUUUACAAGGACACACAGGGGGUCAUCCUGGUCUACGACGUUGGACAAAAGGAGUCUUUUGAUGCACUGGAUGCAUGGCUGGCUGAGAUGAAGCAGGAGCUGGGCCCCCAUGGCAACAUGGAGAACAUUGUCUUCGUUGUCUGUGCGAACAAGAUUGACUGCACCAAGCACCGCAGCGUAGAUGAAAGUGAGGGGCGGCUCUGGGCAGAGAGCCGGGGCUUUCUUUACUUUGAGACAUCAGCACAAACGGGAGAAGGAAUCAACGAGAUGUUUCAGACUUUCUACUCUGCCAUCAUUGACCUGUGUGACAACGGUGGGAAACGCCCUCCUUCCAGCAUGGGAGUUGGCUUCACCAAAGAGCAGGCAGAUGCCAUUCGCAGGAUCCGCAACAGCAAGGACAGCUGGGACAUGCUGGGGGUCAAACCUGGAGCCACAAGGGAUGAAGUGAACAAAGCCUAUCGGAAGCUGGCUGUGCUGCUCCACCCCGAUAAGUGUGUGGCUCCUGGCAGCGAGGACGCCUUCAAAGCAGUGGUGAACGCCCGGACCGUGCUUCUCAAAAACAUAAACGUGGGCACAGAUGCUUCCAGCACCAGCCGUGGGAACAGGACUGCAGUGCACUUGUGAUGUGCUGGAAAGGGAACUGAGUGCUGAGGAGGAGAGAGGGACCCCAGAGCCCUCCCUGCAUCCAUGGCCCCAGGUCGUGGUUGGUGGUAAGUGCUGAAAGCAGUGAAGUCCCCACCUUCCCAGCUGUGUUACACCUCCUGGGAGUUUACCAGCUGUGGAGGGGUUUGGAUGUGGCUCUAACCUGUGGGUGCAGCGAGGGCAGAGCAAGCUCUGACCCGAAAACUUCUGUGCCUGAAAACGUUGGUGUCAUGAGUGGAGGAUGCCCAGGAGGGCAGUGAGUUGCUAGUCCUGGGUUAUCCUAGAGCGGCCUCUGCAAGGCUGCCCAUGUGGGAAGCCACGGAGGCACUGCCGAGCACUGGAGCGGUUCAGCGUGCCGAGCAAAGCCGGCUCCUUCCAGCUGACACCCAACGAUGCUGCUUUUGGCAGUGGGGAGGGCAGGUUGCUUGAGGAAACUUCUCUGGUACUGCAGGGAGAACCCAGCUCCAAGAGCGUCCUUUUCGCCUUCCUCCUCAACCUGUUGUGGUGCCAGUAAUGGUCCCUUUGGCAGGACUAGGGCUCUCCCCCAGGCACUCACCCCAUUAUCACAGCCCAGUCUCCUGCCACCACCUCCUUCCGUCUCCCUGAGCUCAGCUCGUUGGGAAGAGCCCUUAGGGCUGCAGUCCCUCAGGCUGCGUGCUCCUUCUCUCCCGGCCCUCUGCUCACACCACGCUGGCAAGCUCUGGGUAGGUGCCGCUGUGCCCCUUGGGGGACUGUCCUCAGGCAUGGGUGGCCCUGGCUGUUUGCAGGCCAGAGGAGGGUGCUGACCCAAGGAGGAGGCAGUUCAGCCUGCAACAUGGGUGCCUGUCAGCUCUGCCUUCCUGCCUUCGGCCAAUCUCGUCUCCUGAGCUUCAGCCACACCACAGAGCUCCAUAGGUGCCUGCGAUCUGUCUGCUCGCUUGGCCCCACAGCGUGCUCUGGUUAGGUGAGCGGUGGAAGGGGCAUGUUCUCCCCCAACCCUCUCUCACAGCAGCAGCGAUUGCCCUGCUUUGCUAGUUAUUAUGGGUUGCUGAUCAGCAGGUGGGUGCAGGUUGCUCCCUCCUGGUCACAGCUGCUCUGCCCUUCGAGGAGUCUUGUUGAUUUAGAGGGGAGCGUUGCUGGUCACCCCAGCAGGUGCUUGCAGAGGCUUGAGAUCUGGCUGUUGUGAUCCUGAGGGGGCUUGGAGCUGUGGUGGUCUGCUAGGCUCUUAGGGUAGACCAAGCAGGAGGUUCCUUGGGCCCCCGUGGUUUUGUCAGGACCCAGUUUUACUUCCUUGCUGCUGUAUGACUUGGGCAGGGAAGGUCAGGACACUAAGGUACGGAAUGGAAGCCACUGAGUGUGUGCACAGGCAUCCUUACCCCACCCCACAGGUACCCUGUUUGAAAGUGUUUUCUCCUGUGUUCAGUGCAAUAUUUUUUUUUUUUUCCUCUUCAAGGCAGCUUUUCUGUGUUUCCCUUUCAAAAUACAUCAUAAAUCAACAGUAGAUCCUCCCCCUUUUUGGCAGCAAGCAUUAAGGGACUUUAAAGCCAGUGUUGUUUUGCUCUUGCUCUGUUUUUUGGUGCUGGGUUACUGGGAAGAAGAAAUAAGCUAUCCUGCUGGGAAGCACUUUUUACUCCUCUGGUGUAGAAAUAACCAAGGGGAGAUGUUGCUACAAAAGGUUAAUGUUUAAAAUAUUUUUCCUCUCCUAGAUAUACAAAAAGGUGGGCUGGGGGAGGUCAGCAGGGCAGGCGUUGGAGCUGUGGCGAGGUACGCUGAUGGGGUCUUAUUUUGCACGUUUUAUAACGCUGUGGAGUUCACUGGAAACCUCCCCUCUUGUCUAGUGGAGGAAACUACUUAAUUCUGGCCUCAAACCUGUUGCUCUGUAUUUUUUUUCCAUUGAGGAGGGUAAGUAAUCCUGUUGCUGAAUGGUGCACUUCACUUUGAGGGUGAGAUCCUAGUGGCUGGAGUAACCGAAAGGCUUCCUCGGUUCCUGCUGCUCAGGGGCUCUCCAGGUCUGUUGUGCCACGCGUGGUCCCUCCUGUUUGCUCCUCAGGUGACUGGCCACAGGUCUUGGGGUUUCUCCUGUCUGUUUACAGAGCGGACUGGAUGUUCAGAGAUGAUCACACGCGCAUGACACGUCUAGUGAUUCUGGUGACCUUCUGAGUUCUGUUAUUUUUAUAAAUUAAAUCCCCCUUUGGAACAAAGGAA